CUUUUACAUCCGAAUCCGGAGGUCCCGGGUCUAGUCUACUCUACAAAUCACUCUAAAUUACUCCCCAACUACCCAUAGUUCGUCAUUCUUCGCCAUAGCUCAACCUUCACCUCUUCAUCUGCUUCAAACUCUAUUUUCUAGAACCUUCUCAGCUCUCAUAAUCGGAUUUUACUGCUAGCUUCAUCUCCAUUGUUGAUACUAGAACAAGAGAAAUGAAAACGAAGGACAAUGGAAAUGUUAUUUGCAGCCUACCGGGUCUACCCAAGAAAAAACUCCAGGACUUGUGCAAGAAACACGGGUUAUCUCCUUAUAAGACAAAACCCAAUCUUGUGAGUUCUUUGGUCCCCUACAUCAAGGGAGCAGAUGAGCUUUUAUUUAAAGAGAUGAAGACAAAGGACAAUGGAAAUUCCAUAAACAGGCUACCUAAGAAAGGGCUUCAAGAUUUGUGCAGGAAACACGGGUUAUCUCCUUAUAAGACAAAACCCAAUCUUGUGAGUUCUUUGGUCCCUUACAUCAAGGGAGCAGAUGAGCUUUUAUUUAAAGAGAUGAAGACAAAGGACAAUGGAAAUUCCAUAAACAGGCUACCUAAGAAAGGGCUUCAAGAUUUGUGCAGGAAACACGGGUUAUCUCCUUAUAAGACAAAACCCAAUCUUGUGAGUUCUUUGGUCCCUUACAUCAAGGGAGCAGAUGAGCUUUUAUUUAAAGAGAUGAAGACAAAGGACAAUGGAAAUUCCAUAAACAGGCUACCUAAGAAAGAGCUUCAAGAUUUGUGCAGGAAACACGGUUUAUCUCCUUAUAAGACAAAGCCUAAUCUUGUAAAUUCUUUGAUCACUUACGUCAAGGGAGCAGAGAGUUUUUCCUUCAAAGAGAUGAAGACAAAGGACAAUGGAAAUUCCAUUUACAGCCUACGCAAGAAAAAACUUCAAGAACUGUGCAAGAAGUAUGGUUUGUCUCCUCAUAAGACAAAACCCAAUCUCGUGAAUUCCCUGGUCAAUUACUUCAAGAUAGCAGAUACAGAGACUUCUAAAGGCAAAGAGUACAACAUUCUAAAUUCUUCUGGUGUGAAGAGCGCAACCGGAGAGAUAUUGUUUUCAAGAUUCAUCGCUCAGAGUGAUGAGAAAGGUUUCAAUCAAGGACUUGACAGUCCACAAACAAGUUUUUCCAAGAAUGCAUUUACUUCUGAUGUUAAGUUGAUGCAUGUACCUUCUUUUGAGUUUUCUGUCUCAUCAGAAGAUGGAAUCAACCUUUAUGUUGACUUGAAUUCAUGCCCAACAGACACUUUUAAAAGAUUGGAAAAGAAGGUGUGUGUAUGUCACAAUCUGCAGAAUCACAAAUUUCAAAGUUUCUGUCAGGAGAUUCAAUACCUAGGAAAUAACAGACCAAUGACAAGUUCAUUUCUCUGGAAAACAGAUUCAGACAAUAGAUUUAACAGCAGCCAUGCACAAACUGUUUCUUCCGCAAGUUUAUGUGGCACUGUUGAUGUUGUAUGUCAUACAGAAAAUACAAACGAUGCGUCUUUGGGAUUUUCAGCAACGACAAAAUCAUGUGAUGGUUCUGUAGAAACUUUAACACAUUCAGAAGGAAAAAAGGGAAGUCCAUCUUCAUUUAGAACCAUUUGUGGUGUACAGAAAAUGAAUAUCACUGAUGUAAAUACUUUUAUGGGAGAGGAAGAGAUAACAUGUGUGGGUCUGAAUACCUUUCAAGCUUCCAAGAAAUCAGUGGCUAUUAAUAGAACUGUCAAUGUUGAGGCUUAUAACCCAGAAAACACUACAGAGGUCUUAGAUGCUAGGCUAUGUAAAUCUUUUCAUGCAUCGUUGGAAAAAGUAGCUAUCAGUUCCCCUGCAGAUGUGCCAGAGCUAAAACAUAAUAAAAAUGAAAAUCAGAAUACGAGGCUAGAUGUAAGUUGUCUCAAUUCUGAAAGGCAGAGAAGUUGUGUCCCAGAGAAGCUUAUAGUGCUAUCUCAUAUCUCUUCAGAAACUGAUUUUACUGAGAUAGAGGCUACAGAUAUCGGCAGUCAUCAUCAACAUUCAUCAUAUUCUUCUUCUGGAAAAGAUUGCCUUAGAUAUUUGAUUGAUGCAGCAGAGAGCCUCAGAAGUCUACCCCAUUCUAGUGAGGAUACCUGUGGCAUUUUCCUGGACGACACUCCUUCAUCUGCUGCUGGUGGGGCAAGGGCCGACCAUGCCGACAGAACAGAAACUUCUAAAGAGCUUUUGAAGAAGCAGACGGAGCAAUUAUCCCAUGGAGGGAAGAAGAGAAAGAGGCAUGACGGUGAAUCCGAUAAUGUUCAUCAUUGUAAUGAUGGGAGAAUUUUGAGAAGUGCAACGCGUCUACAAAAUCUUCCCAGAAGAUCUAUUCGGCUUGUCUCUAAGCGACAGGCGGCAUGUAAUUCCUAAGUGUUAAAGAGAUCUGCCUAUGUAAAGAUUAAACUCUCAGUACUGGUUUACAACAUACAUGUUCUUGAGGUUCCUUUAUUCUGUAUUCAACAACAUACUCAGUGUAAGCCCACAAGUGGGGACUGGGGAGGGUAGGAUGUACGCAAACCUUAUCCCUAUUCUGUAUUCAAGAGAAUAAUUUAUUUGAGGUCAGGCCAAGUUGUUUAACGUUAUCUAUUUUUCAUUCUUCUAGAAUGACAUUUUUUUGCCCAUCUUUUCUCU